AUGGUUGGACAGGUGGCUAUCGAAAGGAGGGAAGGAAGUUUUGAUCAAAUCUAUUCUCCUAGCUCUACAUAUGCCAUGUCAAGCUUUUUACUCCCUUUGGAGAUUUUCGAGAACCUUGCAAGUGCCAUAGCACAAUUCUGGUGGAGCUCAAACCCACCAAAACGAGGGAUUCACUGGGCUAAAUGGGAAAAGAUGUGUGCUCCCAGAGAGGAAGGUGGAGUUGGAUUCCGCAUGAUCUAUGAAUUUAAUUUAGCUCUGCUAGCAAAGCAGCUAUGGCGUCUUGUUCAAUACCCGGAUUCAUUAGUAGCGAGAGUACUUAAGGGAAAAUAUUACCGUCUCAUUUCGCCCCUGCGAAUUGCCACGGUGGAUAACUCAUCUUAUGUGUGGACAAGUAUUUCAGCGGCGAAGAAGCUUUUACUUUUGGGUAUCAGGAGUAAAGUGCAUUCAGGAUAUGAAAUCAAUGUCUGGCAGGAUCCGUGGAUUCCUUCGACGCCAGCAAGGCCGGCCUGA